AUGUAUCAACUUUUAUAUGCCUUUCAUCAUCAAAAAUGCCAUUUGGGUCGUGUUUUUGAGAUGACAACCAUUAUUCUUGGUGGAUAUGAAUAUCAAGAACGUAUUAAAUCAUUUUCAAGUAGCAUCUCCAAAUUGAUCUCAGGCGAUGAUGAUGACGGCGAUGAUGAUGACGACGAUGAUGAUGAAACUGAGUCGCAACUUUAUCAACAAUUACUUAAAAAUAUCAAAUUAAUCAAUACAAGUUUUAAUAUUGAUUCCAAUGCACCAAUCAUCAUCGUCGAGCGGGUUCCUGAUGAUGAAAUUGUUGUGAUUAUACAACAUGUAAAAAAUUUGCACAAAUGGGAUAUUAUAACUGGAGUUAUGGUUAUCAGACUUUCAAAUGAAAAUUCUUCGUUUGCGGUUUAUCAAACUGUUACAACAACUUCCAAAAGUAACAAUCUAAAUUAA